UUGGCUUUCUUAGCUUCCUCAUCGCAACUGCGCAGCAGCUUGUUGCCUUUCAAUCUUCGUCGCAGUAGCAGAGCAGCUUCUUCAAUAUUCAUCACCGCCGCAGUCCGCACCAGCCUCUUCAUCGCAACUGCAAUCUCAGACACUCUCGCAGAGAAUGGACUCUCUUCCCGAUGCCUUGGUCCAAUACAUUUUGUCUCAUAUAAGCAGCGCUCGGGAUGUGGCAGCGUGCACUUGUGUGUCCAAGCGGUGGAAGGAUUCCAUUCCUUUCAUCAAGAGCCUCUACUUCCCCCGCAAUUCUUUUGACAACCAUUUCAGUCGGGGCAGUCCUGAGAAUAUUGUGGGGAAUAUGAUUGCCUCUAUUGUUCAAUUGGAAGAGCUGGUUGUAUACUGUCCUUUCUAUGGUGCAGGCCUUGCUUCUUGGCUGGCACUGGCAGGCCCAUCCCUCCGGCAUCUUGAGCUCCGCAUGGACAAUCUUUCUGAGCAGCAAGUCUGGUUUGAAAAUCCCUCGAAAAUUGAUUGCAUUGGAGCUGCAAGGAAUCUGGAGUCACUAAAGCUUUGGGGUGUUCUAAUGACUCAAUCGCCCAAGUGGGAUGUCUUUCACAAACUUCUAAAUCUUGAAAUAGUUGGUGUGAGAUUAGAGGACCCUGCACUGUCUGAUGCACUUCGAGCAUGUCCUAAUCUGACCCAUCUAUUGCUACUUGGUUGUGAAGGGUUGAGAUCAAUUUCAAUUGAGUUACCAAAACUGGAGCACUGUAAGCUUGAUUUUUAUGGCCCGGGAAACUGUUUCCUUUCUCUCACUUCCACGAAGCUUGAAUUUCUCGAGGUGCAAGGUUGUGGUUGGAUAAGGGUUCAUGAGACCCGUUGCUUAAAGAUUCUCUCCGUUGCCAAUAAUUCUGGGAAAGUCUUCAUGGUAGAUUUUAGAAAUCUUGGAUCUCUAGAGUUUUUAUCAAUUAGGGGGAUCCAAUGGAGUUGGGAUGCCAUUCAAAAAAUGCUUGAAUGGGCAAGUGAGGUGAAGCAUCUCUAUAUGAAGGUGGAAUUCACUGGGGAUUUUGAUACCCUCCAGCCUUUCCCAGAGAUUGACUUUGUUGAAUUCUUUAAUAACCAUCCUAAGCUUCAGAAGUUUGACAUUCAUGGUGCCAUGUUUGCUGCUCUUUGCCAGAAGAACAGCCUGAAAAAUGUGGAUUCAAGUUUUGUAAUUCCGUGUUUGGAGGAAGCCGUGAUCACGAUAAGAUCGCCAUUAAACGCUGAACAGAAGAUGAGCACGCUUGAGUCACUGGUGAAGUAUGGGAAGAGUCUAAAGAAGAUGGUGAUAAAGAUUCUCCAAAUGAAGAGCACUCACAACAGUAUGGAUGAUUUCUUUGAAGAGAUUUGCAGGUUUAGAUACAUGAAUCGCAAAAUUGUUCGAAUAGAAUAAAGCUGAUAGGGAACCUUGUUUUAGAAAUGUUCUUUUCUGAUUCCCUAUUUAUGAAAGCGUAACUGCUGACAUUAUGAUCAA